AUUCUAGUCGCGUUUCGAUGUUACUCUAUAGAAUUUCUAGUGAACUCUAAUAUAAUAUAUUGGAUCAAACAGAUCUUCGUCUUCUAUUCCAAGCGCACCAGGGUGUAGUGCUCUGGAGUUCCGUACCAUUAUUUUCCGGAGUCUAACGUCUGCAGGUGUUUGUUGACAGAUUUUUUCUGGUUACAAUUUCCCAGGAGACUCUUGGCCUGUCUCAGACCUUGUAGGUUGUCCCAAUAAUUGGUUGGUACCACAGAAGAGUUAAGGUCCCAUGAAGGGUUUGUCUGUCCCUUUUCCGACUGGAGAAAACCGUACUUCACAUGAAGAAUUUCUUCAAAUAGGAUCAGCAAAGUCCGAAGGUUCGGCAGUUUUAAGCUUCAGUUCCUCGUUUUCUGGAUCCAUGAGCACUAAAACUGGAGCAAACAAGUUUUCAAAUCAGCCAUGAUGCAAUCCGAAAUAGGAGAGUUGUUGCUGAAGUUGCCCGGGCCUAUUUCCAAUACCAAAUUUUCUUUUGAGUGAGAAUUCUGGUGGUUGAGGAUGGUUUCCAAUGAAUCUCUUAAGACCUGCAUUUCAGUUAACAAAUAUUUAAUCAGGAUUCGCGGGAUCCCGAUCAUUGCGACCAGAAUUCCACCAGCCCCGCCCUUGUGGGGACCAGGGAAGUUGGCAGCUCUACAAUGGCUCCUCACCACCAUAACUUCGAGAUCAUCGAAGCGGAUAAUUGCCGAAGACCGAAAAGCAAAUUAAAAUCAUUUUUGAAGCAAAAUGGUUUAACUUUAGCCACGAUGGUGGGUGUCAUAUUAGGUACCGUAUUGGGUAUCAUCUUAAAAUAUUCUAAAGACUCGUGGUCAGAACGUGAAGUAAUGUAUAUAGGAUUCGCAGGACAGAUAUUUCUAAGGAUGCUAAAAGUUCUAAUCCUACCGUUGAUAAUAUCUUCUUUAAUCUCGGCUAUAGCCGGUUUGGAUUUGUCUCUUUCGGGGAAAAUAGCCGCAAGAGCCGUGGCGUAUUAUUUAACGACCACAUUUGCCGCCGUAGUUUUGGGUAUGGUUGUCGUGAUGGUCAUAAGACCUGGUGUUGGGGUCAAAGUCGCAGGAGUAGGAGAAGGAGUUAAAAGGAAUGUUAGCACCGUGGAUACCUUAUUAGAUUUAGUACGAAACAUGUUCCCACCAAAUAUGGCAGAAGCUACAAUAUUCCAAACUAGAACGGUGCUUGUCCCCACUUAUGACAACGACACAGGUUCCUAUAUAAACAAAAUUGACACUGAAAUCAUCCAAAAUACAAAUAUAAUGGGUUUGGUGGUAAUAGCAGCCGCUCUUGGUAUAGCCAUCGCUCAACUUGGAGAAGAAGCCAAAAUUAUAGCGACUUUUUUCCACAAUUUGAUGGCCGUUAGUAUGAAAAUUACAUCUUGGGUAAUAUUCCUCUCGCCAUUAGGUAUCAUCUUUUUGGUUUCUUCUAAAGUACUCGAAAUGGAGGAUGUCGGUAACGUGAUGGCCGGUUUGGGAUGGUACUUCGCUACAGUAUGUACGGGUUUAUUCGUCCAAGGAUUUGUGAUUCUGCCACUUCUCUAUUUAUUACUAACUAGAAAGAAUCCAAUUGCGUUCAUUUUGAACAUGUCCCAGGCUGUCGUUACAGCAUUUGGAACUGCUUCGAGUUCCGCAACGUUGCCGUUAACGAUACGUUGUUUGGAAGAGAAGAACGGAGUCGAUCGUCGAGUAGCGAGAUUCGCACUUCCCAUCGGCGCUACCAUCAAUCUGGACGGUACGGCUUUGUACGAAGCUGUGGCCGCUAUCUUUAUAGCUCAAGUUCGUGAGGUACCUCUCGAUUUCGGAACCUUAGUGGCUAUAAGUCUAACUGCAACUGCUGCAAGUAUAGGUGCCGCCGGUAUUCCACAAGCUGGUUUAGUAACAAUGGUAAUGGUACUAGAUACCGUAGGUUUGCCUGCGGAAGAUGUCACUCUGAUCCUUGCCGUCGAUUGGUUAUUAGAUCGUUUUAGAACAGCCAUAAACGUCAUGGGAGAUUCAUUCGGUGCUGGUAUAGUUUACCAUAGAAGUCUAAGAGAGUUGGGAGUAUUAGUUCCGACUGAAAUAAGCUCGGAAGAUCCUCCAGAUUACAUAGACGGCGAAGCCACGACCGGUAAAUCGAGUCUCACAAAACACGAAGAAACGUCCCAAUGAAUUUUUAUAGAAAAAAAAAAAAAAGAAAAAGAAGUGAACAUGCUCUCGAAAAUGAAGUAAAUUUUAACUAGAAAAUAAGUUGUGAAUUGAAAUAAUCGAAAAUAUGUAAAAAUCAAAAUAAAUCAGUUGAAUGAG